AUGGAGGAUAGGAAGAAAAGAAAGGCAAGGGAUCAGCUAUCGCCAUAUUCUGCACCGGUUGAUGCGAGCGAGGACGAAGUGCCGAUGAUGGAAGCGGCGGAUGCUUUGAACAGGAAGCGUGCAAAGGCAAGAAUGGGAGGAGGAAUGGAGAUAGGAGAUGCAGAGCCACUGAAGGGUGUUCUGAGCUCGUUGAGUAUUUUCAAGCCAGUGGUUGUGAAUGACAAGAUAAGUGGGCUGAACAGAUGCUUUGUAAGGGCGAUACAGACAGUAGUGGAGACUGAGUCGAACAAAGACUUGUCUUAUCUGUUCAGGCAGUAUGAAAGGUAUUAUGAGGAGCUGAGCAAGGCGAAUGGAUAA